UGUUGUGAAUGAAUUGAGCAUGGAUUCAAGUGCGCUGAAUUGUAUUGCAAGAAUAGGUCGGUGUAAACAUUAUCUUGAUAUUUUAGGUCUCUCAGUUUUUCUUUAACGAAGUGACACACACUCAUCAUUACUGUGGAUAUCUGCGCUGCUGAUUUAGCUGUAACAGUUACCCAUGAUGAACUUUGACGGUCUCGACCCUGGGAUGGGUGAGUACCCACCCAGCCUUCACGGGACUCUGGACGCGGGGAUGGAGCCCUCCAUGGACCCCCAUCUUAACCCCAGCUUACUGCAGGGUGUAGAGCUUGAUCCAGAGGGGCUGGCCGUGACUGUCCCUGAGCCUGUGCAUCUCAUGGAGGGGAUGUUUUCCGAGUUACACAGCGUAGUUUCAGAAGUUGGCAUCCCAGUCACUGCAACACAUUUCGAUCUCCAGGAGGAAAUGCUCUGGAUGGGAAACCACAGAGGUCACGUAACCUCAUUCUUUGGACCUACAAUGGGCCGCUAUUCUUCUUUCCAAGUGCAUGCAACAGAUGACAUCCGACACAUUCAGAGUUUGGAAACAGGCGUCCUCUUCCUUUCUAAGUGUAAUCUCAAAUGCCACACUCGUGGGGGCCUUGUCAUGUUUGACUACCCGAUGGAGGAAGGCGCUGAUAUGCACAGUCUCCUCAUGACUGAUAACAACACCUUGCUUUUGGGCGGAUUACAAAACUAUGUGGUUGAAGUUGACUUGAAUACUGUUCAAGAAACUCAGAAGUUCACUGUUGAGGUACCUGGAGUGGCAAUAAUGCGCCAGACCAAUCGUUUCUUCUUCUGUGGGCACACUUCUGGCAAGGUGACCCUUCGGGACCUGCGCACCUUCAAGAUGGAGCAUGAGUUUGAUGCAUUCUCGGGCAGCCUCUCAGACUUUGAUGUUCAUGGAAACCUUCUGGCUGCGUGUGGUUUCUCCAGCCGAGGUCUGAAUGGGUUGUCAUGUGACCGUUUCCUCAUGGUGUAUGACCUCCGUAUGAUGCGAGCUGUUACGCCACUUCAGGUGCACGUGGACCCCCUCUUUUUACGCUUCAUUCCUACCUACACGUCACGACUGGCAAUCAUCUCACAGACAGGUCAGUGCCAGUUCUGUGAGCCCACUGGUCUCGCCAAUGUGGCAGACAUUUUUCACGUCAACACCGUAGGCCAGUUGCUUAUGAGUUUUGACGUGUCGUCUAGCAAACAAGCCUUGGCCUUCGGGGACUCUGGGGGAUGUGUGCACCUUUGGUCCGAUGCUCCCGAAGUUUCAUUUAAUGAUUAUUCCCGGGAGACAGAGUUUGCCCUGCCUUGCAUUGUGGACACCCUGCCUCAGCUGGACUGGAACCACGACCUGCUGCCCCUCUCACUUAUCCCCAUGCCGCUGACCAGCACAGAGCCGCUGCUGUCAGACUGGCCUGCUGCAUUGGCUACACCAAGCCCCAGACGAGCUCCGCCUGCGGACCCGGAAAUCCUACGCACAAUGAAAACUGUUGGUUUCAUCGGUUAUGCAGUAAAUCCUCGUACCCGCCCUCGUAAUCAGGUUCCUUACAAAAUUAAAGACAUUGAGCAAGAUUAUGACAGUUACAACCAGGUCCCUGAAUCACCCAUUGGGCGUGAUGAAGAGCCACACCUCUACAUGGUGCCCAAAAAAUACAGAAAGGUCACAAUUAAAUACUCAAAACUUGGAUUGGAGGACUUUGACUUCAAACAUUAUAACAGAACGUUGUUUGCUGGUCUGGAGCCUCACAUCCCCAAUGCCUACUGUAACUGCAUGAUCCAGGUAUUAUAUUUCCUGGAGCCAAUCCGGUGUUUAGUGCAGAAUCACUUGUGCCAGAAGGAGUUUUGUUUGGCCUGUGAGCUCGGCUUCCUCUUCCACAUGUUGGAUUUGUCACGAGGAGAUCCAUGUCAGGCCAGUAACUUCCUCCGAGCGUUUCGUACCAUCCCCGAAGCGUCGGCGCUCGGGCUGAUCCUUGCAGACUCAGACGAGCAAACGGGAAAAGCCAGACUCGGUCGCCUAAUCCAAAGCUGGAAUCGCUUCAUCCUCACCCAGCUCCACCAGGAGACACAGGAGCAGGAGGGCCCACAGGCUUACAGGGGAGCCAGCAGCAGUACUCUGGGCUCCUCUGGUGAGUCUGUCAUUGGGAAACUGUUUGGAUGUGAAGUUGAGAACAGCAGCCUGUGUCGUUGCGGCAAGGAGACGGUCCGCUCCUCCCUCACGCUGCUCUUCACCAUGCAUUACCCUGAACAGAACUCUCAGGAAAAAAUGGUGAAGGAAUAUGAGUUUGCUGAGAUCUUGAAGAAGAGCAUCUGUCUGGAGCAGAGCACUCAGGCGUGGUGUGAAAACUGUGAGAAGUAUCAGCCAACAGUGCAGACACGCAACAUUCGAUGCCUACCAGAUGUUCUGGUCAUCAACUGUGAGGUGAACAGCGCCAAAGAGGCUGAAUUCUGGAAGGUUCAGGCGGAGUAUGCGUUCAACAAGGCCAUGCAGAAGGAGGCGAUGGAACCUGCAAAACCUAAAGAACCCCCGCCCAUGCCCACCGAAUGGUGCUUGGAUGGGGAGGAGGUGUGCAGUAUGGAGGGCUUCACCUUUGACACGCGGGCGGAGGAUCUGCGACACGUCUGGAUCCCUCUCACUCUCAAGAUGUCCAUCAGCAAAAGUCAGGGAUUGGAGAUCAGCAGCUGGCCUGAAGGAGAGGAGUUAAGUGCUGCAGAGGAGGCGGAGGGGGCUUCUCUCUAUGACCUGGUGGUCACGGUGCCUCACGUCCUGGACGCUCGCACGGGUGGAAACUUGGUAGCACACAUUAAAGUGGGAGAAACUUACCAUCAGAGAAAAGAGGGGGUCACGCACCAACAGUGGUACCUCUUCAAUGAUUUCUUAAUUGAGCCAAUUGACAAGACUGAAGCCGCUCAGUUUGACGUGAGCUGGAAAGUGCCCGCCAUCCUUUACUACGCCAAGAGGAACUACCACACCAAAUACGACCUCCGCAUUAAAAAUCCCAUAGAUGCUAGUGUGCUGCUGACGGAGGCCUCGUUGGCUCGGAAGCAGAGGAAGAGUCACGCCACCUUCAUCCCCCUCAUGGUCAGCGAGAUGCCGCAGGCUGGUGACCUGGUGGGGCUGGACGCCGAGUUUGUCACGCUCAACCAGGAAGAGGCAGAACUCCGCAGUGACGGCACCAAGUCGACCAUCAAGCCCAGUCAGAUGUCUGUGGCCAGGAUCACCUGUGUGAGGGGUCAGGGGCCCAACGAGGGGGUGCCCUUCAUCGAUGACUACAUCUCCACUCAGGAACAGGUUGUCGACUACCUGACACAAUAUUCUGGCAUCAAACCAGGAGACCUGGAUGCAAAGAUUUCUUCAAAGCAUUUGACCACACUGAAGUCCACUUACUUGAAGCUGCGCUUCCUCAUUGACACAGGAGUUCGCUUUGUUGGCCACGGUUUACAGAAGGACUUUCGGGUCAUCAAUUUAUUAGUGCUGAAGGACCAAGUGAUCGACACUGUCUACCUGUUUCAUUUACCCCGUAAGAGGAUGAUUUCUCUGAGGUUUCUUGCCUGGUACUUUCUAGACCUCAACAUCCAGGGGGAAACCCACGACAGCAUAGAGGACGCCCGCACCGCUCUGCAGCUGUACAGGAAGUACCUGGAGCUGAGCCGUGGAGGUGGGACAGACGAAGUGAGGAAGGUCCUGAAGGGACUCUACGAAAAAGGCCGCCAGCUGGACUGGAAAGUCCCGGAUUCGGACACAGGAGAUGGUCAAGGUAGCCCAAAAAGUGCUGCUGUGUUUCCCUCUGUGAUGGGGCUGUGAGCUGCACCCCGACACGUUCCCGCUGCAGAACCACGACUGAUCAGUUAGUUUGCUGUUCUUCUUUUGUACUUUGCAUUUAGUUUUGCAUUGUGUACGGCAUUUGUGAAAGUCACAGUGGCCAGUGAAGUCCACAUCAGCUCAGACGCAGUUUUAGUCAUGUCAACUUUUGUACUUUUUGUCUAGGAAAGAUUUGCAGAUAAAGGAAAUGAAUUUGUAUUUUAUGGUUUUUGGAGCCUUUUUUUAAAUAAAUAAAUAAAUAAAUAAAUACUGCAUAUUUGAUGUAAAUAAAUAAACAUCAUGAGACCUAACAGACAGAUUGUGUUACACACCAGGAAAUGUGAGACAAGUUUUACAUUAGUGCAUCAUCAUAAAAACAGCUGACACACCACAGUGUGUACAAAGAACAAUGAAUUUAGGUUUGGCUGCUUCACAUCUUUACACAAAGUUUGUAGUGUUAUGUGCGCUUGGUUUCAGAUUUCCCUCUUAAUUUUCCUGACGGCUUUGAUAACAUUUACUGGCAGAUUGGGGCCGUUCCCAGUUUGUGUAAAAUCUCCACUAGCAUUUAAAUCCCAGGCAUUCAGAGUACAAAGACAAGGCUUCACACGAGCCUCAGCCUGUGAAAUGCUUUUUUGCAUACAUUUGUUUCAAAGAUCUGAAAUUAAAAUAAAAAGAGGACGAGGACAAAUGUGUUGGAUGUGGUUUACAGGCAGGUAGUUUUUUUUUUGUUUGUUUGUUUUUUGGUGUGUUUGUGCAUAUCAAUAAACAUAGUGAGUAAAGAAAGAUUAAAAAAAGCAAGUCUUUGAGCAUUAAUAGAAGACUGACAAAGAAAUAUAAAAAAUGUGCAACAUGUUAUUUUAAUGGAAAAAAAUGUGCAUUUUUGUGCAUAAAUGUUGGGCAUACAAUCAUGUUGCAAACUCUUCACCAGUUACACAAACAGAUAAACGUGUGGUUCAAAAUGCACAAGUUGUACCUUCUUACUUUGACAGAUUUUACUCAACACAAAACAAAAAUGUGAAUGUAUACAGUUUAUUAGAGGUAAUUUGUCAUAUCUAUGUAUAAAAAUUGGGGCACCUUUUUUAGGAUCUACUUAAUUUUUUAACACAAUUUUAUCCAAGUAGACUUUUUUGCAGCAGCAGGCGUGACUCAUCCUUUAAAACGCACACAAAAACAAGCUGUUUUUAGAGAGUUACGUUUAGGAUUAGAGUAGUCUCUGGGUUUUCUGAACAGCAGAAAAUCUCACUGGCACAACAGUCAAAAACUUAAAACCUAAACAGAUUUUCGAAAUGCUUUUCCUUCAGCAGGAUUACAAAUGCAGGACUGAUAAGUCAACACACACAAUGCUGCUUUACUGGUUUUACUGUUACUUAAGUAAAAUAUCUGAAUACUUCUCCCUACUCUGACCGAUGAGGUCCUGUCUCGGAGUAAUGGCGCCCUCUGCUGACGGUAGUCGGCGUCGUAUUUCACGUUUUAGCUGCACUUUAAGCCACCAGUGUUUACCUCCGAUUAUUGUAUUUUGUUCAUUUAUCUUUUUUUGUAAAAGACUAUGGAACCUUUUUGGGAAGUUCGGUAUUUUAUACAUUUAUAAACAUUUUUAAAACUCAAUUAAAGUAAACACUACCUACAGCAUAUGGAGUCAAAAGCAGGAAACGUCCCCUGCAGCUGUUACACUCUGAUAUCCCCAAAAAACAUACUUUGUUACCUGUGUGGACACACUGGAAAAGCUCAUCGUCGCCUCUGUUUCAGCUCACCUGAACAUAACCGCACAAGAAGCCAAACAUACACAGUCAAUAUUGCAAACUGUUUAUUCGUAGGAAAUGAAAAGUGUGCAAUUCAGUGAGUGGGAGAAAGAGCAGAGAGGGAUGUCGGGGACGGUCAAUGUCUUUGGUCCAUAUUUUGGUGGAGGGGAUGUCGACGAAUCAGUGGGAGACAAGAAAAGGCACUUGAGUUUACAGUCGUCUCAGAAAAAGGUUGUCUCGAGAAGCAACAUGGGGUCUACUGGUAGAAUGAACAAACUUGGUGUUUUAACCUUCAUUAUGACUAAUAUGAAUAUCACAUACAAAAUGGCCCAUGUGAGCACAAAAUUAUAUAGCUACAUAUACAGUAUGUAUAUACAGUAAGAAGUCAGAAAAUUAAGCGGGGCUGGGAGGAGGAAGAAGAAAGGUGGACUGUUGGGUGUACCCCCUUUGGAAUUACAAACAGAGGAAAGAAAUGAAAAGGCAACUUUAAACAUGACAAAAUUACUUCUUUGGCGACAACCGAAUAUUCCUACAGUUUGGAAUGUCAAACUUAAAGAAGAAGCAUUGAAAGUGAGACAGACGAAAUCAGGUGAGAAAAACCAGUCCAGCACCUCUAAACACCAGAGACACGCUAGAAUAAAAGAUGACAAUUCGUUUAUCAUCUGCAGCUUUGAUCAAAUAAAGGGAUAAGGUUAAGAUCAAGUGAAUCAUGAAUCUUAAAUUUGUCACCUCUGUAAGCAUUUAAAGGGGUAGUUCGACAUUUUAGGAAAUGCAUGGGGCCUGACUGUCCAAGACUAACAAAGUCUGCCUACCAGCACCUCUAAAGCUCAGCCUAGUGCUCUAUUUUUUAUUUAUUUUUUUUUAAACUAUUUUUACACUAAAACAAAUGACAGUGAGCUUUAGGAGAGCUGGGAGGUGAAUUUUGUUUUAUUAGGACUGGAAACAAAAGUGUCACCCCCCCCAAUUUCCUAGACCCAUGAGGAAGGAAUGAGUAUAUCAAAAUGUCAAACUAUCCCUUAAAGCCAAAAGGUAAGUUUGCGAAUAAGUUAGCGUUUUUUUCUC